UUCGGCUCUGCUCGGCUCGGCUCGGCCCGGUUCGGUUGGGUUCGGCUCGGUGCGGCUGGGGUCGGCCAUGAGCUGGGCCGUGCUGCUGCUGCUGCCGCUGCCUGUGGCCGCGCUCCUGGCGCCCGCCGCAGCAUGGGCGCCCUCCGCCGAAGAGGAGCUGCAGUUCAAGGCCUGGAUGCUGCAGCACAACCGGCGGUACCCCCCCGGCGAGUACCCGCGCCGGCUGCGCACCUUCCUGGGCAACAAGCGGCAGAUGGACGAGCACAACGCCGGCAACCACAGCUACCAGAUGGGCCUGAACCAGUUCUCGGAUCUGACCUUCGCGGAGUUCAAAAAGCUCUUCCUGUGGAGGGAGCCGCAGAACUGCUCAGCCACGAAGGGCAGCUUCCUGCGCAGCUCCGGGCCGGCUCCUGACUCCAUCGACUGGAGGAAGAAGGGAAAUUUUGUGACACCCGUGAAGAACCAGGGCCCCUGUGGGAGCUGCUGGACGUUUUCUACCACGGGCUGUUUGGAGUCUGCUAUUGCUAUUGCAACAGGAAAGCUCCUCUCUCUGGCAGAACAGCAGCUAGUUGAUUGUGCCCAGGCUUUCAACAACCACGGCUGCAGCGGGGGCCUGCCAAGCCAAGCCUUCGAGUACAUUCUGUACAACAAGGGGCUCAUGGGGGAGGACACAUACCCGUAUCGGGCUGAGAAUGGCACCUGCAAGUUCCAGCCAGAGAAGGCCAUUGCAUUUGUGAAGGAUGUCAUCAAUAUCACACAGUAUGACGAGGAUGGCAUGGUGGAAGCUGUGGGGAAGCACAACCCGGUGAGCUUUGCCUUUGAGGUGACGAGUAACUUCAUGCACUACAGGAAAGGAGUCUACUCCAACCCACGGUGUGAGCACACCCCGGACAAGGUGAACCACGCCGUCCUCGCUGUGGGGUAUGGAGAAGAAAACGGGACCCCUUACUGGAUUGUGAAGAACUCCUGGGGCCCGCUGUGGGGCAUGGAGGGGUACUUCCUCAUUGAACGUGGCAAGAAUAUGUGUGGCCUCGCUGCUUGUGCAUCUUACCCAGUCCCUCAGGUGUAAGAGGAGAGCACAGGCUGGAGAAGAGGGCCCAGGAAAAGGAAUGAGUGCUUGGCUCUGACUUUGAGCACUGCAAUCAGGACCCUGAGAGCACAAUGAAGCACCCGUUGUUACCACGGGCACCCUCCUCGGCUUGCACACAGCUCCCAGCAGCGGGAGCCUCCCCUCCCCAGCCAAACUCAAGCUGCUCCUGAGUUCCACACCAGCCUCUCCCCCUGGCUGCACUGUGCUGGUGGCACCGGGGGCUCUGCGACAGCGGGAAUGCUUCCUCGUUACCUUGUGUACCAUUAACUAGGGCCCAGCAGCGCUCCCCCUUCCUGCGGGUGCCGCUUCCCCAGCACCAGGUGUAACCCGUGGACAGCUUUUAAUUUGGAGGUGAUUUCUCCUUCCUGCAGAGGGAGCAGAGCUGUGAUUUGUACAUUUUAUCUGUUCAGUAAAUCUUUCUAGUAUUUUUUUAAUUAAAAGCCGGGUAUUUUAAUGCUAA